AUGAGAAUCAAUCGGAAACUGUAUUUAUUGCUUGUAAGUUGGGUUCACGUUCAGUACAAACAUUCGAUAAUCGCUUUCUUUCCCCUAGGAUUUUCUUUGUCGAAUGGCUACCGGCUUCACGACGAUGAGUACGACCCCUUCGAUCCGUUCGUCAGCGGAGGCACCAACUCCGUCCUUGGACAGUUUCCAUCCGUGGUAGCCGUCGGCGUUCCCACGCCGGCCAAUGCGUUCUGCGGUGGAGUGAUUCUCAACGAAAAUCAUGUUCUAACGGUCGCUCGAUGUGUUCUCACACCUCAAAGUGCGCUUCUAUACCCAAGUCAGAUAACCAUCAUGUCCGGCGUGCUUCAACUAAACUUCGCCGCUCCCCGGAUCGAAGUCUCGGCAGUAUACGUCCACCCACAGUACAACCCGUUCACCUUUGCCAACAAUUUGGCGGUGCUCCGUACGAAACGUCACUAUCAAAUUAAACUCCAACUAUAUCGUAAACCUGGAAUGAAUUUGAGCGGCCAUACAUGA